GGUCAUAAGAGAGUCGGCGAAUACAGAGAUAGGAUGUUAAACUUCUGUCAUACAGGGAAUUUAACUUACAUUCUGAUACCGAUAUACAACGCUUAAUUUACAUUGAUAUAUUUACAUAUAUGAACUUAUGUGCAGAAUGUGAAACUCAUUACUGAUCUAAUAUUGUGCUAUAUUUUAGAUUGAGAUGGGUUAAUACUUUCGAGAAAGGCUGUGAUGAACUAACACAUCGUACACAUAUCAUCAUGACAGCAUCAACAGUGAUGGGAGCAGUUCACUUCAUUCUCUGGAUUCGUCAAGGUGUAUUACAAAUUCUUCUGACAUCCCACAUCAAACCAAGGGGAACCUUUAGUUGAUAACACUUCUGGUUCUGUGACAUAUCACCGAGAUGUCGGAUCAGGGUGAGCAGUACGAUAAAUCUUGGGUUCUUUAUCACAUCCUAGACGGGUUCAUAGGGAGCCGGGAGACAGUGGCUGUCAGAAGGAAACUGAUAGUUGCGAUCGAUCAACUAGAAAAUUCUAUGAUGACCGAAAUAUUUACCACUGGUAGUAGAGCAGAAGGAAUGCACUUUGAAGGGUCCGAUGCAGACUUGAUGUGUACUGUCAAACAUGUGAUAGUUAUGUGUCCCCAUAAGGACGUUAGUUAUCAAAUCGACAGCGAAACUAAUACAGUUCUGAUGAUGAGAGAUACUAACUGCCGACCUGGUUAUGCAAACCUGGAACUUGUUCAACUGGGGAAGGGAUAUGAUUCACUAUUGGAGCCAGCCAUUGUUCAAAAAAGGGGCGUGUAUUUCAUAUCAAGUGAAAUAUUCAGACGGACAUUUACUGAUCUGUUCAGUGAGGAACUGCAGACAAACAUGGAAAUGCAUGGCCCAGCAGCGACUUUACAAGACGAACAUUCUGUUGAUUUAGAUAGAGUCGUUUCCUUUCAGUUUUACUAUUGGCCAAGUGAAGCAAACGAGUGGUUGAGUAGGCCACGCCUGAGUGGAUGGCCAGAUAAAACUUUGAGAGAUCAGAUAGUACAAGGUGGUUGCCAUCUAGUCCCCGUUGGGGAUAAAACGUCUGCUGACCAGUUCGUACAGUGGAGGAUUUCAUUUACGACUGCGGAAAGGAAACUUAUUCAUUCUUUAACUCAUGUCCAGUUUGUCGUGUAUGGACUUCUCAAGUACUUCUUAAAACAAAUAUCUGGCAUGGUGAAACAAAUUUUAGGUGAACAAGAUAUUAUUUCAUCAUAUAUUAUAAAAACAGUUAUAUUUCAUGCAGUAGAAAGCACGCCUGGAUCAUUUUGGCAAGAAAAACAAACAUUUCUCUGUUUCAUGCUCUGCUUGAAGAUUUUAGUCAAUUGGGUGAAAGUAGGACAUUGUCCGAACUACUUCAUUAAGAACAACAAUAUGUUCCUUGGCAAAGUUUAUGGUGAAAAUCAACGGAAACUUCUUCGUGUUCUCACUGACCUCUAUGACAUGAAAUGGGGAUGUCUUUCAGUUGGAACAUACAUACAACCAACCAUAGGAGAGCUCAUGCAAAGUGUUAGGAAAGGGACAAAGGGAUAUGUACUACCUCCACAAAAAAUAUCAGAAUAUGAAUGUGAUGUGAAUAUAUUCUGUAAGCUAUUUUCAUUCAGAGAAAAUGAAGAUUCACUUCCUGUGUCGUUGAAACUCCUUUCUGCAUCAAGAUCGGAUAUCGAUGAAUUUAUAGGCUACUUCGCAACAGUUCAGGCACUAUCGUAUACAGGGAUGAAGACAUUCGGUGAGCACGUCACUGCUAGAGGAAAUAAAGAGAAGUACAAAUCUCUCCGGAAAUCCAAGAACCUACUGAGACCGUUUGCAACAGUCUGUACAAGUCCAGGACUUUUAAGUUUUGCAACAUACUACUACCAGACUGGGAAUUACAUGAAAUCACUGGAAAUAUGUGAUAAAAUGAUCUCUUCAUCCACAAUUUAUCUUGAUAAUAUCUCAAGCUGUAACUAUUCGGACAGGUAUGAACAGCUCUUUUCUGGACGUGGGUACAACUUACUACACAGAUGCCAGGCAUUUGUAUCGGAUAUCACGUUCGUACGAGAAGCUACACAAUUCUGUCCACCCGAGUUACACCCGGAAAUCACAAAACGUUUUAUCGGGAAUGCACUUAAAAUCCCUCCACUGCCCUACGCCGUGUUCCUGUCUUUUCUGUGUUACCAUGAACUUGGAGAUAUCAGGAAGCGUGAUACAGCAUUGAUUCACCUUCGGGCCGUGAAAUAUGAUAAGGAUCAGGGCGGGGGUGAAUAUUGGAUAGUACACAAUCUCCUGGGGAUCUGCUAUGAAACUGUUCGAGACACACGAAGGGCUCUCAGAGAAUACAGAGACUCCCUUGGCGUUGAUGGUGUUGGAGGAUGUACUCAAUAUAAAAACCCUGCCAAGGAGAGAAUAACACAUUUACAACAUUAAAGACAAUCAGACGACAGUCAAUGUAUAUUGUAAAAUCAUAAAUUUUCAUGGGACAUUAAAUUUCGUUAAUUUCGUGGAUAACAAAAAUCCCAAUGAAAACAUAAAUUUCGUAUGAUAUAGAUAGGGGAAAAUCAGAAAUCAGCGAAAUAUAAUGUCGUUGAAACAUGCUAGUAUAUGAAACUACGAAAUUUUAACCCCACGAAAAUAAAUGGUUCUACAGUAACUUGUAUAUCUGGCCAGUACGGUAUACAUCAUAACAUUUCAAACUUAACAAUUAUUCAUGAGAUGUUGAAAAGUUAAACUGUAUCAAUAGCCUCGUAUAGACAAGCUUGAUGCCGAUAUAUUUUUCCUAACGAAAUUCAUUAUUCCUGAACUUUUGUUUCAUACUUUCAAGUUUUUCAUAUCCCACUGCGUAGUUAUAUAUAAUUGUAAUAAAUAAAGAUAAAUAGUGUUGCUCUAGUAAGGUGUUUGUUAAAUAUGGAAGUGACAUAUCUAUAGCGAUGUAUAUAUGACUGUACUUUAUAAGGAAAAUAACAGUGACUUUGACCGUACAGAUAACACAACUUAUUGUUGUUGCUAUGCUUCUCUACUCCAGUGAGGUGAACGUUGAGUAUGGAAGGGAUAUGUAGGUUAAUAAUUAAUAAUGCAAACGAAGUAUCUAAUUGUCACUUAUCGUCUGUAACAUAACAUUAUGUUUUGAUGAUAUGAGUCCUGAUCCUUUAUUAAGGGGAUACUGGUUUACUUGAUAACUCAUACAUGUGUGUGGUAGUGUGUUGAAUUCAAUCAAUGGUUGAUUAAAAUCAAGAUUGCCCCCAGAUAGCUAUCUAUGAUUUUGACGAUUCGGAAUUGUUACCGUUAUCUGUAAAAAUAGUAUCGGAAGAUUUUUUUCUUAGAUUUCAUAUGUAAAUUCCUCUUGGCCCUUAAUUUUCAUAUUUCAGAUUGAGACCUGACAGUGUCCAAGGAACCACCAUGAAUUUUGAUGUUUUUAGUUUGUCAUUGCUCAAAUCUUAACAGACAAAUUUCACAUUUUAUUUUUAUGUUUCCUUUGAUGCUUCAUUAAUCAUGUUUCAUAAAAAUGAAUUGUAUAAUGAGUAUACAUGUAUAAAUGUACAAUGAGCAUACAUGUAAAUGAGUAUACAUGUACAAUGAGCGUACAUAUACAAUGAGCAUUGUACAAUGAGUAUACAUGUAUAGAUGCACAAUGAGUAUACAUGUACAAUGAGUAUACAUGUCUAAUAAGCUUACAUGUAUAUUGAAUAUACAUGUUCAAUUAGCAUCCACAAUUGUUUAAGUCUUCCGUGUAGGGUCUUUAGUAAUAAAUUUAUUUUAGUAUUAGACUCUCAUGUCUAGUUUUAUAACACAUCUUUUGAAGUAAUGUGACGUCAUCACUUUGUGUAUAUCGUAUUAUUAAUACGUCAUUAAUUGGUGAUUUAUAUAUGUAAUAAUGUAUACUUC